CUAUGUAUCAGGCUUAAGGAAAGGCAUGCGAGUGGAAGAAUGGAAGCGUUAGGGAAACGGUUUCUUGUCCGUCUCGGGUUCUAGCGUUUGCUAUGAACGAAGCGGGUGCUAGCGUUUGCUAGAAGCAAAUGAGAGAUAUACAACUACAAAGUACGAGGAGAGGGACGAGCCUGGGAUUGAACCCAUGACCUUCUGCUUAUGAAGCAGAAGCGGUAGCAUUCAGACCACCAACCCCGUCACACUCAGUGUAUUCAGAUAAUUUGUCAGAUUCUCGGUAUAAAUUGCGUAUACGGGGUUCUGUCAUUUCAGGUUUGACUUUCAUUGAUCUUAAUUCUUCUCACUGUGCUUGGCAAGACACAGAACGAAUGUCGUUCUUCCUUGUUUUUGUUUGAAGUCAGACAUAAUUCAUCAACGAUACUGAACUAAUGUUGACGAACAAAAACGUUGCGUUGGUAAACAUCUACACAAUCAAAUAAACAUCGACAUGGGAUUUUUCAACGCUAUCAGCAUCAAUCCUUGAAGAAAUUCCCGCUUCAAUUUGUUUUUGCAAACGUGCCCGACUAUCGAAGGCAGGAUUGCAACCACAGUUGCAUUCCUCAUUUCGUCGCGAUAGGCUUACUUCAGCAGCAGAAUGAAUUUUCUAACCGGACUGAUCAUUUCUACCGGUUUGGUAAUACUCCGGUUGAACGUCCUCUCCGCCUCCUACCAAUGCGGCACCAGGAAGCACGGCUUCUUACCACUGCUGUACCGCGGCUGGAAGGUGGAAGAAGGUCAGUGGCCUUGGCACGUAGCUAUUUUCUUCAAACAGCCCCUUGAAACCCUCAAGUACCAAUGCGGAGGGAGUCUUCUAAGCGAGAAGCAUAUCCUGACGGCUGGACACUGCGUUGUUAACCGGAAAACGAGUGCCCCGCGACCGAAGGAGAUUUUCGAGCUGCACCUUGGACAGCACAAUCUCUCGGAGGUCACCGAUCUUGUGCAGAUUCGGGACGUCAGCAAGGUGCACGUCCAUCCGGAGUAUUCUACCUUGAGGAACGACAUAGCGAUGCUGGUGAUGCGGCUGGCCGUAGCUUACACGGAUUACGUCAUACCGAUCUGUAUCGAUCAGAAAGUCGACCGCGACUUGAGGAACCUUGAAGGUGAUCGCGGAUGGAUUACGGGAUGGGGUGUGACAGAGUCAGGCAACGUUUCGGAUGUUCUUUGGACUGCGUCGCUGUCGGUGGUGAGUUAUCUGAGCUGCACCAAGAACGAUCCGGUUUUGUUUGGGAACCUGCUGAAUGAGACUGUGUUCUGCGCUGGCGAUUUGAAUGGAACGAGUCCAGGGCCGGGUGAUAGUGGCGGUGGAAUGUACUUCUACGAUGGCGAUCGUUGGGUUCUCAGGGGCGUGGUCUCUUUUGCGAAGGUAGACCCCGUAACCAAGCAGGUUGACACCUCCAAAUAUGCAGUAUUUGCCAAUGUGCAGCGG